UUUUGCGAUUGCGGAUGCUGAAUGGACCAAACUACCAACUGGCGUAACUUUUCUUAAUUUUAUGGUUCACAUUAUUUGGCAAAGACUGCUGGGUGUGGGACGAUUAAUUUGAUUUCUUGGCAGUAAAAUCUUACCAACAAACAAAUAGCAUGGAGACCAUACCUGAUGUCGACCAGGCAAAGGUUAGUAGAAUCUAAUUCAUAGCAUGGAGACAAUACCUGAUGUCGACCAGGCAAAGCCUGAUGCCGUUGCUCAAAGUCCCAGUGUUACCGCAGCACCAAGAGAAAAUAUGAUUGAGACUGCACUGCGCUUCUUGAAGAAUCCUCAGGUCCGUUCUAGUCCUCUGGCUCAGAAGAAAGUCUUCCUACAGAAAAAGGGUUUGACUGCACAAGAGAUUGAGAUAGCAGUAGAGCGGUCUGGCACCCAGCAGGAUGUAGUGGCUCCUGUACAGACACCAACAAACCAGGCUAUGGUCCCUGCUCAAGGAAACCCAAUGCAGCAACAAAUGGUCCCUUAUGGUCAGCCUGUGCCAUCUCAAGUAACGAGAUGGCGUGACUACAUGGCCAUUGCUGUAAUCGUUGGUGGGGUGAGCUUUGGGAUCUACAAAUUAAUAUCGAAUUUCCUGAUGCCGUACAUCAAGGGUCGACAGGAGGAACGAGAGAGAUUAGAAAGACUUGAAGCUUCUAUACAAGAACUGAAUAAAAACGUUGCGCACACGGUUCAAGAAGUAGAAAAAGCGACCAAAUCAAUCCAAGUUCUCCUUGAGUUACAGCAAUCUAAACUGGAUAACCUGACGACCAACAUUGCGGCAAGUAAAUCUGUUUCAUCAAAUAACAAGAGUACUGAUGUAGCAGAUCUCAAAGCAGAAAUCACUUCACUAAAAGGACUCCUUCUUAAUAGGCAUCAGUUUCCAGCAACGCCUCAGCCGGCCCCCAUUCCAGCCUGGCAACGUCCAGCUAGUAGCUCAUUGGUCAGUACAACUCCAGUCAAACCCAGCAUAAACCAAUCACAAGCUUCUACCACUCAACUCGGCCCAGAAACCAAAUCCAUAGCAACCGACUCCCAGAAUGCCGCAGCGAUAGAGGGUGUGGCUAAUGGAGGCCUUGGAGAUGUCAAUCACAGUGAUGGACUUGUCAAUGGUGGCACAAAUGGGCAGGGCGACUAUCAAGUGGAAACAACAGCUGAUAUUAACAUUGAUACAAAUGCCUUGGCUGGAGACAGUAAUGUCAAUCAAACUGAAGUUGCUGUGGCAACAUGAAUAUUCAACAAAUAAAUAAGGAGGAGCUAAUAGAAAGUUGGACAUUGCUAGAUUGGACAUAUGAAUAAACAUUGUCAGAUGAAUCAAGUGAAGGUGUAACAUUAAUAGAUGUACUAAUCUUUGGGAUAAUUUAUAACAUAGUUUUGUUUACUAUAUGGUAAGCAUUGUGUACUCGGUGCUUGUUGUAGUCCUAUGGAAGAAAGGAGCAAUUACAGGCAUACUACUUGGGAUAGAUUCUAACCCAAGACCCCAGCAUUAGAGCAUAAUAUCUGUGGAUCUUGGAUCGUGAAUAUAAUGGGUGCAUUCAAUUAGCUUCCCUGGGUCUACCCCGCGGUGCUCACUCGGGUGAGCCCCUGACAAGAGCUAAACAAACGAUCG